GGCAGGUGUUGGGAACGACUCAGGCCGAGAACGAGAACGAACACGCCGCCAUCGUGUCCCUGCAAAGGUGUCUGGAGCUUCGCCCCAACAACCUUGCGGCUCUCAUGGCGCUCGCCGUCAGCUUCACCAACAGCGGCAUGCAGCGGGAGGCGUGUGACGCCCUGCGCCGCUGGAUCAGCCACAACCCCCGCUACAAGCACCUGGCUCAGGGGCCCAGGGGCCCGCUACAGGGUUCCCUGGCCACGCCACGCAGGGGCCUGCUUCAGGGUUCCCCGGCCACGCCACGCAGGGGCCCCCAGAACACCUCCACACCUGCCAGCUCUGAGCUGCAUGAAGUCCUGCUCCUCUUCCAGGAAGCGGCCCUGCUGAAUCUGGACUGUGUGGAUCCAGACCUGCAGACCGGACUCGGGGUCCUCUUCAACCUCGGCUCUGACUUCAACAGAGCUGUGGAGGCCUUCAGCGCCGCGCUGUCAGUCAGACCCCAG